UGGUAGCCGAGAAAGCAAAGGAAAACACAAACUCCCCCUGAAACACGAACUACACGCACUUCUCUCAGUGUUAGCGCCCCAGUGACGCCUGUUCUUCGGCUCUGAGGCUUUUAGCUCAUACGUGUGUUUUAUAAUCUUGGUUAUUAAGCUAACUUUGAUGGCAUUGUUGAUUAGUUUUACCUGAAGGUCCUGUAGGCCUGCUGAAGGAAAACGACCCCUGAACCCUGAAGACCUUUUAACCACGACCUGCGCUUGGUCUGCCUUUUGAACCUAAAGUGAUGGUGUGAUGAGCGUUUGUCUCAGUUAAGCACUUCCCUGUUGUUUUUACUGAACCUGAACUAAGAUGCCUGACCGAUGGACCAGCGGAGAGACAAGUAACUGAAAUACUGCCGGACACAGCGGCUGCUGCCCAGCGUGUGUGUGUGUGAGAAUCCCUCUGUGUGUUGUGGUGGUGAUGCAGUCUCUCUGGCUGAUGGAUUCCUCGUUGCCCGGGUUACAGGAUGGCCUCCCCCGCCUUCCCUUCAGAGAGAGACUGAUCGAGGCUCUGAGCCUUGGCAAACAUCGCCAUUACUACAUUUCCCAAAAUCCAUUUCACUGCCACCCUCAGCAGCAGGAGGAGAAGAGGGAGGACCUGUGCCUGGGCUGCACUGAGCAUGUCCCUAGGGUGCGCUCCCCCUCCCUUCCUGUCUCUCUCUGCAGAGCGAGGGAUGAUGAGCAGACGGAGGGGGGAGGGAGCGAGAGUGAUAGCGAGAGCCUGCCGUUCUUCUCUUUCGCUUCGUCCUCCUCUUCCUGUCCACUGCUCUCUUCAGCAGACGAGAGCGUAUUGUGUGGAUCAGUCAACUGCUCCUGGAACAGACGCAAACGAGCACACCCGCUCUGCGGCAGGCAUGGCCUGAGCGCACACAUCGCCAUGGGCAACCAGGAUGGAAAGCUGAAGCGCUCGGCUGCCGCGGAGGAUGGAGAGCUCGCGGCGGAGGAGUGCGGCCCCCUCCGAGACACGGCCGAUGGCACAAAGAAGGGAUUUCAUGGCAAGAAAUCCAAGCAUGGCAAGGGAGGGGACAGUGGUGGAGGAGGAAAGAGGAAAGCCAAGUCCGAGUCCAAGUCCUCUGUCUUCUCCAUCCGCAAACGCAAGAAUCUGGCCAAGGUGAAGGGCCUGCUGAGUGCCUCGAAGGAAGAUGCUCUGGACUCGCAGCAUGACGAGCUGGACAGCGCGCCAUCCCUUUGCAACAAAACACCGGAUCUUUCAGCUGACGAGCUCGGCCAGUCUGAUGCCGAGGGAGAGCGACCCCUUAUCCUCUCGCAAAACGGCAGACAAGAAACGCAGGAAACCUUGGCAGAAGAGAAGAAGGGCAGCUCUGGAUCUGAUACGGACAUCUACAGCUUCCAUUCGGCGGCGGAGCAUGAAGACCUGCUGGCGGACAUUCAGCAGGCCAUCAGGCUUCAGCAUCAGGGAGUUGCAGGUUCACCUGGAGUGGAGCAGCUGGCCUGGGUGAAGGAUUGGAAACAAAACGGCCUCAGCGAGGAACCGAAAAGCAGCCCGACACCUGACUCUGAGGCAUUUACUGUGCUGGAGGCUCUGCAUAGACGAGAAAAUGGCCUGAAUUUGCACCUUGAACUUGCUAAGGCUACUCCAGAUGAGAGGGAGGGAGAGAAAGAGAGAGGGCAGGAGGAGAGGGAGAAAGAGCAAGAGAAAAGCAUCAAUGAAGAGUUUAGCAGCUCAAGCCCGGUCCUUUGUACUGCUCCCGUCUCCGUGGCAACCGGGACAAAAGAGCAGGGGACAGCCGAGGCUCCAGCAGCCCCCUCAGUUAGCGAGGAUGUGGAGGGGAAGGCCAUCACCACGACGAUCAGCGUCACCAGCUUCCCCGACCUCACGGCCUCCUUCGAGAGUGCAGUGGAGGCCACGGAGGAAAUUGAAGUGAAUGGCCUGCAAUUUCCAGCCCAGGAGGAACUAGAUGGUCUGGAUUUUCUACAUCCUGGCAAGGAGGAGGAUGCGCCAACCUCUGAUACACUGUCUGAAGGUGAAGGACUGUUAUCUUCGGCCGAUUCUCUGGAGUGUGUUGUGCCUGCAGUGGACUUGCCUUCUGACAGAAAUGAGGAAGCGGAAGAAGUCCAGGUGAUCCAGAGGAGGAAAAGUAGCGUUUCGUUUCCGCAUUGGGUCCAACAAGAAAGUCCUUUGGCUACUCGGCUUCUGAAAUCCAGUGUCCCGGCUUCUUCCAUGAGUCCUACGGUCAAACCAUACCCUCCAAUCCACCCAUCCUACGUCAAAACCACAACCCGUCAGCUCAGCUCUCCCUCCUGCUCUCCUGCCCCCUCGCCAUCCCACAGCCCACACUUCCCACGCCGUUCCCGAGGUGACUCCUCAGCGACCAUCGCCAGGGCAGAACGAAGAAGGGUCAAGCGCCAGCGUUCCUACAGCGUCACUGGACCCAUUAGCCGCUCCGCUGACUGGACAGAAGAGCUCCGGCCACUGCCUCCCAAAACUGGGUCUGAGGAUUACCUGGAGUAUGGAGGCUCGGAGGGGACACUCAGAGCAGGAGGGACGUGCCUGGGUGCUCAUCGCAGAGCUUCAGCUGGACAGACGUCUACCUGCGGUUUUCAGGAUGUAUUUACAGGUCGUACUCUCCUGGAGAGGUUCUUCCAGCAACAGGAGAAGUCUGGAUCAGAGGAAGAAGCGGAGAAGCUCUGCUCUCGUAUUUUGGCGAUGGGCCUCCUCCUGCCCUUCAGUGACUGUUUCAGAGAGCAGUACGGAGGCAGCACAUCACACGUCACCCCACAGUUCAGUUUCCAGCCAAUGUUAGCCAGGUGUUUGUGCUUUGUUGGGCGUCACUUGCAGGAUCAGUUGUACACGUGGGCUCCAGUGAGUCAGCCCCCUCUGUCACUGGAACAGUUUGAGGGCCGUUUACCGGGACAGCUCAGGUCUCUGUGGCCUCCGGCCCGGCCCGAAACAGAGGACAGACCUGGACUCAAAUACACUGAAGCAGAGGACGAUGAAGAGCACCAGACUGUUAUUUCAGGGCUGAAGAAACAACAGCAGGAGGAGAUUAAGGAGAUUCAGGAGGAGUCGAUGUUGAAGACGGUUCGUCUAAAGCGUGAACAUGUGACUGUGAUUGAGCAGCUCGAGCAGACCAUUGAGGAUCUGCGCAGUAAAAUUGCUGAGCUGGAGAAACAGCACCCCCUGCUGGACAGAGACAGCAUCAGCACGCAGGACCGCGAGUGUGGAGGGGACGAUGGCCUGCUGCCUGAUGUCUGCCACGUGGACCUGCAGACAGAGGCUGCUUCUUCUCUUUUCCCAUUAGAGGCCAAAUCGGUUCAGACUUCACCCGUAGAUGAGAGCUUUAAGUUUAAAGUGCCUUCUCCAGACCAGCGUCCAUCCGAGCAGCCUGUGGCCAGACUGAGCGAGCCUCCUGGGCCUGCGCCCGGUUCUCCAAAAGCAGGACAGUUUGUGUGUACAUGCCAGCAACAGCAGCCACAAGAGACUCCACCCCCUCCUCCCUGCCCUCCUCCUCCUCCUCCUCCUCCUCCACCACCGCCUCCUCCACUUCCUCCUUCAUUACCUGGCUUUCCUGCACCUCCACCUGCCCCACCUUUACCUGGACUGCCCCAACCACCUCCCCCUCCUCCAUUACCAGGGUUUUCUGCCCCUCCCCCUCCACCACCCCUACCUGCUACUGCUCUACCACCACCUCCUCCUCCUCUACCUGGCUGCCCUGUACCUCCCCCUCCCCCUCCUCCUCCUCCUCCACCACCUUUACCUGGCCAAGCUGUAAUACCUCCACCUUUGGCUGGGAUGGGUGCGCCCCCACCGCCUCCUCCGUUACCUGGGACGGGUGCGCCCCCACCGCCUCCUCCGUUACCUGGGAUGGGUGCGCCCCCACCACCUCCACCAUUACCUGGGACGGGUGCGCCCCCACCGCCUCCACCGUUACCUGGGACGGGUGCGCCCCCACCGCCUCCACCCCCACCAGGACUGCCUGUACCUCCAGGGGCCUGUGGCCCUAUCCCCACAUUUGCCCUGGGAUCUCUACCCCCUCCCCUUCCUCUCGGACUCUAUGCUCUGGGGGUAGCUCAGGAGAAAGCCCCACGGAAAGUGGUGGUGGAACCCCCCAGGCCCAUGAAGCCUCUCUACUGGACCCGGAUUCAGAUCCACGCCAGAAAAGAUGCAAACCCUUUGAUCUGGGACAAGAUUGAGGAGCCACCAGUGAACUUUGAGGAGUUUGUGGACCUCUUCUCCAAAACGGCAGUCAAAGAGAAGAAAAAGCCUCUCUCUGAUACAAUCACCAAAUCGAAGACCAAACAGGUGGUGAAGCUGCUUAAUAACAAGCGUUCACAAGCCGUGGGGAUACUUAUGUCCAGCCUGCAUCUUGACAUGAAGGACAUCCAACAUGCGAUUCUGAACCUGGAUAACACCGUGGUCGACCUGGAGACGCUACAGGCGCUAUAUGAGAAUAGAGCGCAGCCGGACGAGGUGGAGAAGAUCGACAAGCACAUCAAAUCAUCGAAGGAGAAGGAUGGAGCCAAACCCCUGGACAAGCCUGAGCAGUUCCUCUUUCAGCUGUCUCAAAUCCCCAAUUUCUCAGGAAGAGUGUUUUGUAUUCUGUUUCAGUCCACAUUUUCAGAAUGUAUAUCUUCCAUCAUGCGCAAACUGGAGGUCCUGCAGAGGGUCUGCAAGAUUCUGCAGAGCGGUUCUGGAGUGAUGAGGGUUCUGGGCCUGGUUCUGGCAUUUGGAAACUUCAUGAAUGGAGGUAAUCGAACCAGGGGACAGGCUGACGGCUUUGCACUGGACAUCCUGCCCAAACUCAAAGAUGUCAAAAGCAGCGACAACACCAGAAGUCUUCUGUCAUACAUCGUCGCCUACUACCUGCGGCACUUCGAUGAGGACGCAGGCCGUGAGACUUGUGUAUAUCCUCUGCCAGAGCCGCAGGACCUGUUUCAGGCAUCUCAGAUGAAGUUUGAGGAUUUCACUAAAGACCUUCUGAAGCUGCGGAAGGAUCUGAGAGCAUGCACUGCCGAGGUGGAGAAGGUGUGUAGCGUCUCCUCUGAAGAGCACCUGCAGCCCUUUAAGGACAAAAUGGAGGAAUUUGUGAGUCGAGCUAAAAAUGAGCUGGAGGUCCAGGAAACCCAACUCGGUGAAACUCACAAAACGUUCUUAGAGUUGACAGCAUUCUUCUCUGUGAAGGCUAAGAGUGGAGAGAAAGAGGUUUCACCCCACACAUUCUUCUCAGUGUGGCACGAGUUCUCAACAGAUUUCAAAGACUUGUGGAAGAAAGAGAAUAAGCUCAUCUUGCAGGAAAGAUUAAAGGCAGCAGAAGAAUGUUUCAGACAGGCAAAGGAAAAAGCCACCUACAGUGUCAAACCCAAGCACGCUACUGGAAUCAAAGCGAAGCUGGGCAUGAAAAUCUAACCCUGGAGGAGCAACGCAAAUGUAGAAAUAUAAAAAUAAAUAAAACCCUACCCAGCAGGCCUGAAGUGGAGUGCAUGGACUGCAGACACGGGCUCUCACUGUUUUAACUGUUCAUACUUACGUUUUCAACACUCGCGCGCACAGGAUUAACGUAGCAGCCCACAAAACUUUACAUCAUCUGCAAAAUGUACACUGGAAGUGUUCCUGAAUGUUGUGAUGUUGCAGCCACAUGUGAUCUGCCACCGAGCCCUCAGUCACUUGAACCAGGUCGUGCUAGCUCAGGGGCAGUAUAGUAAACCUUAAUUGGAGCAAACAGUGUAAAAUUUACAAUUCAAACGACGAAAGCAAGAGAAAGAAGAAAAGAAAUGAAGCUUGACAAAGAGGGAGUGGAGGCAGAUGGUAUGUGUUCACUUUUACCCAGGCUUUUCAAACUCUGCAGUAAUUCAUCCGAAUGCAGCGCGUCACCAGCAGUAUGACGGUGGAGAGAGGCUCCGUUUUUGUUUUUAGGCAAGCUGGACAGAUGGUAGCAGUGAGUUCCCUCGCCAUCAGGAUAACGCUAAGCCACAGCUUUUAAAAGUAAGACGCCAGUCUCCACUGUCCUUUCUCACCGUUCUUCCUCACUGUUUUUUUUUGUUUGUUUGUUUGUUUUUUUUCCCUCUUCCCUCAUUUUAAAACCAAAAGCAGGAUUCGGCAGAGGCUUUCAUCAUGCUGAGUAUUAGAUUAUCUUUGCAGGCUUUUCUUAAAUCCAUGAUUUAAAGCUGAUGUUGAUUGCAGGAAGAUUUCGAUUUCAGUGGCUUACUUAAACACUUCCAAACCCUUGCAUAAGGCUUCUUAGCAAAGUAAUACUCAGAAAACAUGCUGACCAGGAAUAUUGUGCAGGAUGCAGUACAACAAAAGAAUUUUCAAACAGCAGUCGAGUAGAAACCCUCUCAGAUUGUGUGGAGCCGGUGAAUCACUUGUUGAAUGUUGCUGUGGGAGAAAGUGAUGACAUACAUGCAUUGUGUUCUUCCUUCUCCAGCAAACUGGGGGGAAUUAAGGCUAAAGACUGAAGCCUGAGGCAGCACCUCUCUGUUUAACCGACACUAUCAUGGCAGAAAAAACAUUCAGUAGAAUUUUGACUUCUUUUUUUAAUCGCAACGUACAAUACUUGACUUGAUUGCUUAAAAUGUAUUUAAAAAUGCCAUUAUUUUAUCUAAUGUAAAGUAGUAUUAACAUCUUUAUGUAAGAUAUUCUUGUUUAUUUUUUUAUUUUUCCUCCCCUGUCUCAGCAUGUGUGUGUUUAAAAGUGUCAAUCACUCUGGGUCUGGAGCAAGAAGGUUCUGCCCACGUGCAAUAAUUGUUCGUAUGUUUUUUUGUUUUUUGGAAAUAGUGUAAUUUAUGUAAAAUAAAGGAAUAAAUAAAUUA